AAUUCCCGGAAUCAUCGAGCACGAGUCCUCUCUCUCUCCAGGGGGAGGAGAGGAGAGGAGAGGUGGGCAGGCAGGCAGGCAGGCAAGCGGGGCAGGGAGACCGAGAGCUCGCGACUCCCGAGGCGAUCGACGGAGCGCCGCCACUCCUGCUCCCCUUCCGUAAUUCGCCCUCGGGAUAUGAACGACGGAACUUUUGUUUCUAACAGCAGCUAGAGGAUAGUUUGGUGUAAGCUUUUUAUUCAGGAUACAAUGGGUGGCUGCUGUUGCUGCUCAUCAAGAACAUCUGAAUCAGACAGAGCACCGGUUCAUAUCUACGUAUGUAGGACCUGCUUUGGCUUACAUAUGCCUUGCUUUUCAUGUCAAAGAUCCAUCUCAAUCCUCAGCAAGUAUUUUUUGUUGCCCUUGCCAUUGACUCCAAUGAUAAUCUGGUUUAUACUGUCUCGCACAUGCUUUAGUUCGAGUCGACCCAGAUUAUACUUGUCUGUCACUUGUAUAGGCUAAUAAUAACAUGGUGUUAGGAGUUUAACGGCUACAUUACCGUUUUUUGGUGCAACAGGAGGAAUUAUUUUACUCAUAAAUCUCCCUUUUGUUGUUUUUAGUCCUCAGUGAUUCAGCAGUAUAGCUUGUGUGAUGGUCACUUUUUUAUGCAAAAAGGGGAGAAAAAGAACAUGCUUAAAUCAUACUCAGCACUAGCUUUGUGUUUGCAUCAAAUCUUUCGUUCUGUUAAAUUAACUUUGCUUUUCAUUAUUCAGCAUCGACAAAAUCCUGAGGAGCAUGAACCCUUGUCUUCAGCCUUUGAUGGAGCAUCUCCUACUUCUGCUAUAGUCGCAGUUGACACAAAUCUUGACACAUCCACUCUUGACACUUACAGAGCACCACCUGCACCUUUGCCUUAUGAUGUUGGCUUGACUGUUGCAGAAAAUCCUGAUCUACAGAAAUCAGACAUUAAAACCAAAACUGAAGGGCAGCAGUCCCCAAAGGUGGGUGAAUUUGAGUCAUGCGAAAAAGGUACCCCUGAGGAUAAUCCUGAUGAGGAGGAUGUUUGCCCAAUCUGUCUUGAAGAAUAUGAUGAAGAAAAUCCUCGUUCUAUGACCAAAUGUGAACACCAUUUUCAUCUCUGUUGCAUACUUGAAUGGAUGGAGAGAAGCGAUACGUGCCCAGUAUGCGACCAGAUAACUCUGAUAGAUGAGAUGUAUGAAUAGCAUUGUUGACUGAGGUGGAUCCAUCUUGGUGGCCGUGCCUGUUGAGUUGGGUUUACGCUAGGAUUCUUGGUCUUGAGAUGGGUGCAGACGCUGAUAGGAUGAAUGAUUUGGGGAAAUAAUUUAUAGAAGAAAAUGACAUGAAACGUGUUAAAGGCAUCACUGUUGCGUUUACCUUUUGUGUGGAUCCUUGCUGUUUAUGGCAGGAGGGUUGCCGAGGUGCCUGAUGGAGAUACAUCUAUCCACCAGUGCUGGUUCUUUAGUGAGUUGGAAGUUAAUGUACUGAAAUUUGCUCCCUGGUUUUCUCUUUGGUUCUUCUGAAUUUUGUGUGUGUGCACGCGCGUGCGGCGUGUGUGUGUGUUGGAUCCUUGUUUUAUUCUGUUUUAGGUGGCCGUGAAGAUCAUGACACAUUGGAAUUGGAUAGGUAAUAGGGGAAAUGCUGGUUCUAAUUUAAGGUUCCUUUGUACAGUUGUCCAAAUUGGUGACAGGGAAAAACUAGUGGUUGCAGUACAUGGUUCAUUCGAGCUAACCAGGCUUCUUACCUUAUACUAUCCAUUUUGAUCA